UGUACUUAUAUCUUUAUUGGUGAAGUCUUAAAAGCAUUUGGAUCUACUGGCUUAGUUAACACAAUGUCCGGAAAACUGUACUUUGUAGCAAUGGCUGUUUUCACUUCUGUUUAUUCUCAAUCAGAUGUUCGCUUGCCACCCAAUGUGAUAAUUCCUGACGCCCCAAAAGUCGUAUAUAAGAAUUAUAAAGAUGGUUUUAGUUUACCAUGUCAAGCCAAGGGAAUACCAGAGCCCAGCUAUGAGUGGUUGAGAGGCGGGAUACCUCUUAUAGCAAGUCCUCAGAUCACAUUUGAUUCAGUGAAAGGGGACAUAACCUUCACUGAUUUUACAACCAGAGAAGAAGGUGUUUUUACGUGUGUGGCAAGGUCAAUGUUUGACUCAACAAUAGUCAAAAGUUUUGCUCCAACAUACACAUUAAAGCAAUCUCGGAUAGAUGAGUUCAGAACAAACGCCACCAUCUCUGUAGUAGCGGAUGAGUACUCCUACAUCAAGCUAAAUUGUGCUAACAAAGGAGAAGCUGUUGGUGAAGAAAUUCGUUACGACUGGUAUGAUGUCAAUGGCACUCAAAUUAAAAUAGAUGACCGUCAGUUUAUUGAUCAAAACGGGAACCUGCAUUAUGCGUACGUCACAACAGCAGACGGCAAUGUAAGAAAGUACAGGUGUGGAAUUUCUGCCACUGGUUUGUCAUACGUUCAGCUUGGUGGAGUGGUUGUACUUUCUAUCAAUACAAUAGCUUCACCAACUGCCAUUGCUCCACAAAUGCAGUACACAAACUCUCGCACCAAGUUUAUUAGAUUUUCGACAGCUACACUGGAAUGUUUUUUCUCAGGAUAUGACCCCCAAUACCCGAAUGUUCCUGUGACCAAAUGGUAUUUUGAUGACGGCAACGAGAUCAACGCAACCGGCAGAUAUUCAUUUUCAGCAGAUCAACGCCGUCUUAUCAUUUAUAACGCAGAUGAACCAGAUGAGAAGAAUUAUUACUGCCAAGCACAAAAUACCAGAGGAACAUCUAACAAAGAGGCUGUGUUUCUUGAUAUUACUUCCUCCCCAAUCUUUUACCCAAACGGAGCACCAGUGGACCAAACUAUGUCAGAAGGUAAAGAUGCCGUGUUUAACUGUAAUGCCAGGUCAGCACGUGGAGAAACAGAGCCUGAUCCACCUGUGUGGUACAUUAAUGGACAGCAAGUUAGUUCACAAACAGACAAGACAAAAUUUGUAUUUAGUGAAGGGAACAAAAAGUUAACCAUAAGAUCUUUAAAGAAAGCUACAGACAUCAUGUGCAUUCAGUGUUCUGUUUCUAACCCAGUUGGUACUACAUGGGCCGAUGGAUGCCUCAAUGUGCUUUUGCCCAUUUUAAUUUUACGCCAGCCACCAUCCACACAGAACAUUUAUUUCGGAGAUACAAUAGACCUCACUGUGACUGCUAUUACUGAUCCAUCUCAAAAUCUUACAUACAGAUGGAAACACAACAACACAGAUUUCCCCAAUGUUCCGCCAUUUGUCGUCUACAAUUCAACAACGAGAGAGGCCUACAUCAACACAAGCAAUCUAAACAUUGAUCAGUACGAAUCUGUGAGGGGAACCUACAUCAUCAAUGUGACGCAUAACUUUGACUACAUUGUGGUAGAAAUGAAUGUUGUUCUUAGGGACAAACCAGACCUAGAUGCACCGAAUGCCAAUGCUCCACAACUGCUUUAUACAAACUCUAACACCACGUUUUUGAGAUUUUCAACAGCUACACUGGAAUGUUAUUUCUCUGGAUACAAUGACCCCCAAUACCCGGAUGUUCCUGUGACCAAAUGGUAUUUCGAUGACGGCAACGAGAUCAAAGAAACCAGCAGAUAUUCAUUUUCAGAUGAUCAUCGCCUUCUUAUCAUUUAUAACGUAGUUGAAACUGAUGAGAAAAAUUAUUACUGCCAAGCACAAAAUACCAGAGGAACAUCUAAAAAAGAGGCUGUGUUUCUUGAUAUUACUUCCUCUCCGAUCUUUUACCCAAACGGAGCACCAGAGGACCAAACUAUGUCAGAAGGUAAAGAUGCCGUGUUUAACUGUAUUGCCAGGUCAGCACGUGGAGAAACAGAACCUGAUCCACCUGUGUGGUACAUUAAUGGAGAGCAAGUUGGUGCACAAACAGACCAGACAAAAUUUAUAUUAAGUGAUGGAAACAGAACGUUAACAGUAAAGUCUGUAAAGAAAGCUUCAGACAUCAUGUGCAUUCAGUGUUCUGUUUCUAACCUAGUUGGUACUACAUGGGGCGAGGGAUGCCUCAAUGUACUUUCGAUAAACGGCGCUGAUUGGCUUGGAUUAGGAACAGCUUCAAUCCUGGCGUGUCUGGCACUGCUGGGGACUGUCCAGACUUGGAAUACAGACUGAGGGUCAGAGUUUAAUACCUACAACCAGAUGUGAGGAUUGCAGAAAUAUGCAGUAUUUUACAAAAAUAGCCUCGGUUGUGAGCUUUUUUUGGUUAUUGUAGUAUCAUUCACAAUGUAGCGUUGUUUACAUCAUACUUUUUACUAUAACAGCUUUAAAAUAAACUAUAGUCUUUUAAUACAUAAUUAACUUUUGAUUUAAAUCAAUCAAUUAAAAUAUUUGUAUAAUUACAACUUGAAUUUU